AGUAUAAAAGUUUUAAAUUCUUUUCCAUUGAAUUUACAAAAACUUUUAUACUUUGCUAAACAUUGAAUUUUUGUUUCUUGAAUUGCUUUGAAAAACAAAGCAAUUCAAGAAACAAAAUAAAUUCAAUAACAAUGGGGAAACAAUUUCAAAUAGAACAAACUACACAACAUUAAAAUUUUUGCACUUCUAAAUUAUAACAAUUGAAAAAAAACGAUGACGUCACUCUUAUGUUGCUCGCAUCUCUAGUGAAAUAACUGUAAAUGUUGCUGUUCAUAAUAGGCUUCACAUUUGUGUGAAUAUUCUUAUUGAUAAUUAUAUGUGCCUGAGUAACCAACUUACAUUUAAUUAGCAAAUUCAGAGGUUUUUAAAGUUUUAUACCAGUCAAACCUAAUGAAAACACCAUUUGAUAGAAAGAUAAACGCAUCCCUGAUGAGAAUACUCUCAACAUUGACUGAAAAUGGAGCGUUCAACGAGCCAAUGACAGUCUUAUAUUGUUUUAAUUGCUCCGAAACUCAUAAUUUAUUGCACUGAAAUAAUUAUGAUUUUCUCAUAUGAAUUAAAUUAGUAAAACGCACCAAAAAUAAAAAUCUUUAAAAAAUAUAUAAUUAUAGGCUGAUUUAAUAUGUUGACGCAUAAAACUUGUCAAGGAAAUCGAAAGAAAAUGCAGGUAUCAUUUGUCAUUCGCGAUGCGGAGGAAAAGCAACAUCGAAAUGGAGUAAAUGCAUUACAACUAGAUCAAGAUAAUGGAAAACUUUACUCCGCAGGUCGUGAUGCAAUAAUUAGGGUAUGGAACACGAAAACAGACUCGCAAGAUAAAUAUAUUCAAAGCAUGGAGCACCACAAUGAUUGGGUAAAUGACAUAGUGCUUUGUUGCAAGGGAAGAAAUUUAAUAAGUGCCAGCUGUGAUACUACCGUUAAAGUAUGGAAUGCGCACAAAGGAUUCUGCAUGUCCACGUUACGUACCCAUAGGGAUUAUGUUCAGGCAUUAGCCUACGCUAGAGAUAGAGAACAAGUUGCAAGUGCAGGGUUAGAUAAAGCGAUAUUUCUGUGGGAUGUGAAUACAUUAACUGCAUUGACUGCCAGUAAUAAUACAGUCACAACCUCUAGUCUUGCGGGAUCCAAGGACUCGAUAUAUAGCUUAGCAAUGAAUCCUUCUGGCACUGUAAUUGUAAGCGGCUCAACAGAAAAUGUUUUAAGGGUAUGGGAUCCAAGAACGUGUAAUCGAAUAAUGAAACUCAGAGGUCAUACGGAAAAUGUUAGAGCUUUAGUUGUAUCAACAGACGGUACGCAAGUAAUUUCAGGAAGUUCUGAUGGGACAAUAAAGUUAUGGAACUUGGGUCAGCAAAGGUGCAUACAAACGAUAUCGAAUAUUCAUAAAGAAGGUGUCUGGACGCUACUAAUGUCAGAAAAUUUUCAAUACGUAAUAUCCGGAAGUAGAGAUAAAAAGAUUUGUAUAACAGAGUUAAGAAAUCCUACAAAUAAUUUAGUUGUAUGUGAAGAAAAGGCGCCUGUUUUGAGUUUAUGCUAUGACAUUGAAAAAACUGCUAUUUGGUCAACGACAUGGAAUUCAGAUAUUAGGUGUUGGAAAUUACCAAAUUAUGACAAAAGUACACUAAAUUCUAUAGAAGGUAGCAAUUUCCCAAAUACGAAUUCCAAUGAGUUAGUUUGUAUUAAAGGGGGUGCUGCUAUAAAAAAAUGUAUGGUAUUAAAUGAUAAACGCCAUAUUGUUACAAAGGACACAGAAGAUAAUGUGGCAAUUUAUGACGUUCUAAAAAUUGUUAAAAAAGAAGAUUUAGGGAAAAUUGAUUUUGACGAAGAAGUUAAUAAACGCAAUCAGAGAGUAUACAUUCCAAAUUGGUUUACUGUUGAUUUAAAAACGGGAAUGCCAACCAUAGUUUUAGGCCAAGAUGAGGUGGACUGCUUUUCUGCUUGGGUGUCAAUAGAAGCAGGUUUACCAGAGUUAGCCAAACCGGGAAAUGAUACAAAGAUAAAUUACGGCAGUCUUCUUUUACAAGCUUUGUUAGAAUAUUGGUCGCCACCCCACAGCAUGCCUCCUAAUGAUUUAGAUCCAGACAACAUUCGUGGAAACGAAUAUUUUUCAGUUCCUAAACAUACUCCCGUUAACUUCAGUGAGGUUGGAGGUCGCACAGUUUGCAGAUUAUUGGUAAGAGACGCAGCUGGAGAUAGUGAGAGUACAUUAUUGCACGAAACUGUUCCACCAUGGGUGGCUGAAGUAGUCUUAGAAAAAGCUAUACCAAAAUUUAUAAAAAUUCCUUUUUACCUGCAACCCCACCCUCAAAUGACAAAACCUGAUCGAAUGAAGAAGGAUAGACUUGUAGCGAACGAAUUCAUCCAGUGUCGAAAAGUAUGCGAGCAUGUUUUGGAAAAGGUGUUAGGCGCAGAAAUAACUCCAAGUGGCGGUGCAUCAAAUUCAUCUCAAAAUAGUCAAAGUGAUGCUAAUUCCGAAGGCUCUCAAAUCCCUCCUGAAGAUAGAAUAGAACUUCUUUGCAAUGAUGUGGUUGUUGACCCAAACAUGGAUUUAAGAACAGUGCGUCACUUUAUUUGGAAACAGUCUGCUGAUUUAACAUUUCACUAUAAAACAAAACCGAAUUUCAAUUAUGAUGCUAAAGUUUGAGUUUUAAAUAGUAUUUGCAACUAUAAUAUUCUCAAAUAUUCCUUUAUAAAAAUGGGGCUAAUGAUCAAAAUAAUCUACUGAAAUAUGUGACUAUCAUGUACAUAUAAGCAAAAAUUCAGUGUAAUUUCAAAAAUUAUUACAUACACACAUAUAUAUGUAUGUAUCCACUUUAUAUAUUGAUUUGCUUUCAAUUAAGAAUAUACAAAAAUUAAUAUAAGUCAAACACUACAAUAUUUACAUAUACGAAUAUGUACGAAUAAUGGAAAAAGUUAAAUGUUUUUAUACUCUUAUGUAAUUUGAUUUGGAUAUCUGUGUAUCUACGAAUAUACAUAUGUAUAUUCUAAAAUAAAAAAUGUACAUGUAACUAAUAAAUAAAAUGAAAGAAAUCAAAAAGUAGAUUUUACAACGUUAACAAAAAAAAUUAUUGCUUUGCUAAAUGUUGAGAAUAAAUUUCAAAUUUUUGUAAUUGCAU